UCAUGCACCAUUCAACAUCCAUAAAAAAACCCAUAAGAUUGCCAGCAGAAACUACUAUAAAUACCCCAUAUAUUGCAAUACUUUAUAUAUCACAAACACAACAAUUGCAACAUUCUUAUACAGAUCCAAGAAUCAAAAAGGGAAACAAUGUCUGUUAAUGAAUGCGAAGGUAAGAAGUCAUGGCCAGAAUUGGUUGGAGUGGAUGGAAAGGUUGCAGAAGGUAGAAUUGAGAAGGAGAAUCCAUUGGUGAAUGCUAUAAUUGUUCCUGAUGGAUCUUCUGUCACCUUUGAUUUCCGUUGUGAUAGAGUUUGGGUUUGGGUUGAUAAAGAUGGAAUUGUUAAACAGAUUCCAAUUAUUGGAUAGAAACUUUCUGCACUCAUCAUCACACAUGGAGUUUAUUAAGGAGCUAGUUUAAUAAUAAUAUGCUCCAAGUCAUAAAUAAUAGUAAUAAAAUAAGGAGCUAGUUUCUUUCCAAUUAUAUACUACUGCUAAAAUGUUAUUUAAACAUCUAUAUGUAUGUACAUGUUCUGCUGUAUAAAUGAUUUGUUUUUCA